UAAAAAGAAAACAAAAACUGAAGUGGAGUUUUCCGCGCGCUCCUCGGCCAUUAAUCCGCGUCCGAUCUCAACUCUUCAUUCUAACCCUAACCCUAAACCUAAAAUGGCGACCACCACAAAACCGAGAUCCACCUCAUCGUCAUCGUCACCGUCACCAUCUCCUCCCCCAAAAAAUCAAUGGCGUAUCGCCGGCGGCACGCGCCCCAGCGAUCGCUAACCUUCGUCGACGACGCUCGCUCCUCCGCCGCCUUCGAAUCCGAUGGUUCCUCGUCUCUCCCCUCCCCUCUGCUCGCGGCCCGCGCCAUUCGCGCCUCCGCCGCUCACCGCGACGCCUCCUCCGUCUCCUCCGCCUACGACGAGCCCCUCGCCGGAGCUGGCAAUAGAAACCCUAAGCAUCUCACGAGAUCCUCCACCUACGCCACUCACCAGCAGGAUGCUGUGACCUAUGAGUGCACAUCAAUGAAAAGUUUGGAUGAGACUAAGGAUGGUUUCUGGGGGCUUUUGGCUAGAAAAGCUAAAUCAAUUCUUGAAGAUAAUAAUGCUGCCCAGGAAUUUGAAGACAGUGGUCGGAGCCAUCCACAUGGCCUCAGUACAUCAGCACACAGUCAGUUCAAUCAACUUGAUAGUUUCCAGCAACCAGAAAACUCGUCGCCUAACAGACGUUCAGAGUUUGCUUCUUCCCUCCAACACAUUGGGGGCACAAUAAAAAAUGCUCUUGAAGAGGGUCUAACAAUUGUGGAGAACAGGACAUCUGACAUCAUCCAAGAAACACGAAACCUGCAAAUUAGGAGAAAGAGUGGAAGUUUCAGUGUGCGGAGUCAGCCUGCAGAUCUUUCAGCUUCAAACCAUCUCUAUCUAGAUCUACAUGACCAUGAAAAGCAACUGAAGUCAUCUCGCGACGUUGCAAAUGCAAUGGCUGCGAAGGCCAAGGUUCUUUUGCGGGAACUAAAAACAGUCAAAGCUGACCUGGCUUUUUCAAAGGAGAGAUGUACGCAGCUUGAAGAGGAAAACAAGCUAUUGAGAGAGAGUCGUGACAAGGGUGUUAGUAUUGAAGACGAUGAUUUGAUACGAUUCCAAUUAGAAACGUUGCUGGAAGAGAAGGCUAGGUUGGCACACGAAAACUCCAUCUAUGCAAGAGAAAAUAGGUUCUUAAGGGAGAUUGUGGAGUUUCAUCAGCUCACAAUGCAAGAUGUUGUCUAUGUUAAUGAAGGCAUCGACGAGAUCCAAGAAGUCGACCCCCUCAAGAUACAGCCUCGCUCAUCCCAUUCUUCCGCUGGACCUCUCUCCCCCAUAAUAUCUAGACCUGGCUCUUCUAACAACUCUAAUAACACUUCACCUCGAUCUCCCAACAACGAUGACCCUAUAGAAAUGUUAUCUCCAUCCUCUCCUCCUACAGGGAUUCAGGUAGAAACUCAGGCAGGGAGCACUCCAGUUUCUCCAAGAUAUGGAGGUUUGUUGAGGCAACGUUCUUUAUCGCGUUCUUGAGAUUUGUUUCGGACCCCAUGUCGUGUUAGUUGGUUCGUAAUUGUAAAAAUAAUAGUUGGUUAUUCAUGAUUUGUGUGAUUUUACAUCAUUUGUGUACCCGAAAGUGUAAAUUAUUUACAUUGGUUUGGAUUGUUUUUGAUUCAUAGAAGCUAGUCUAAUGUUAAUUUGAUCAGUGAUUUGGGACUGUAGUGGA